CAUGGCGACUCAAGGUCACCCUCCUACCUCCUUAGCCCCACUGAGAGCUGCCCCCUUGAUGGACACCACCGCUGCUCCCCGCGAAGCUCCAUCCACUCUGAAUGCAUGGUGAUGCCCGUGUCCAUGUCAGCCACUGACCACUCCAUCGCUAGUAGCACUUUCCCCCGCAUGCACUACGGCAGUGCUUCACGGGACAACGGUGGAAACAUGUCUGGUGGCAGGGACUCCCGAGAUGACUGUGGCUCCUCCUCACAUGGCGGCAGUGGCAAGAUGAACCGAAUCCCAGCAAACCUCAUGGACCAAUUUGAAAAGCAGAUGCCGCUGCAACGGGACGGCUUCCACACAUUGCAAUACCAACGCACCUCCACCACAACCACGACCACAGAGCAGCGUAAUGAAAGUCCCGGGCGAAUACGCCACUUAGUUCACUCGGUACAGAAGCUUUUCACAAAGUCGCACUCUCUAGAAGGAUCUUCCAAGAUGAAUGGCACCAAAGGCGACUCACACCGGGAAGGCUCACACCACCACCAUAACCACCACCAGGGCCACCACAAACACAGCAAACGCAGCAAGAGCAAAGACCGUAAAUCUGAUGGUGGUGGCAAGCAACGCUCUGGAGGAUGGUGGAGCUCGGACGACAACCUGGAUAGUGACAGCACAUACAGAACGCCGAGCAUCAUGUCGCGACAUCCCGUUGAACACAUCAGCCACUGUUACCCUGACUCCAUGCAUAGCCACCUGGCAGGAGACCUGUCGCUAAAACCCUCCAAGAGCAACAACGACGUCAAGUGCUCGGCCUGCGAGAGCAUAAGCAUGGCACCAGAGGGCAAAUUCAUGAAGAGGAGCUCCUGGUCAACACUAACGGUCAGCCAGGCCAAGGAGGCCUACAGGAAGUCCUCACUCAACCUGGAGAAGCCCAUGACACCAAUUGACCUCAAGCCCAACAUCAGGCCCUGUCACUAUCUACAGGUUCCCCAGGAUGAGUGGGCGGGUUACCCUGGCGGCGGGAAGGAUGAUGAAAUCCCCUGUCGUCGGAUGCGGAGCAGCAGCUACGUUAAAGCCAUGGGGGACGAGGAGAGUGGCGAGUCGGAUUCAAGCCCCAAGACUUCGCCUCAGAAGCUGGUGCGACCAGACGCCCUGGUCAAGGCCAUCAUCAGGCCCAGGGAACUGCUGGAUUCACAGAGCUCUUACCGCCUGGAUAGAAUCAACAGUGACAUGCGUAACUACAUCACCAAUUUUGCUGCAGACUUAAGUCAGAGCUACCACCUGCAAGCCGCCAGGGACAUGCACCCCGGCAUUGCCCUGGAUCCCUCAGCCAACUACAACUCGCCCAAGUUUCGCUCUAGGAACCAGAGCUACAUGCGGGCUGUCAGCACCCUCAGUCAGGCUAGCUGCGUUAGCCAAGUGAGUGAAACAGAAAUAAAUGGCCAGUUUGAGUCGGUGUGCGAGUCAGUGUUCAGUGAGGUGGAAUCCCAGGCAAUGGAGGCCUUGGACCUCCCCGGCUGCUUCCGCACCCGCAGUCACAGCUACCUGCGAGCCAUCCAGGCCGGCUUCUCCCAGGACGAUGACUGCAUCCCCCCCAUGGCCUCGACUGUCACCUCCACCAUCAGAGCCACCACAGGGAUCCAGUUCUGCCUCCCCUCCACCUGCAGCAUUGAUCGGACUCCCCAACAAACCCCAGCCAUCACCUACACACCCAACUACAAGAAGACACCCCCUCCGGUCCCCCCGCGCACCACCUCCAAACCCCUCAUCUCCAUCACAGCCCAGAGCAGCACCGAGUCCACCCAGGACGCGUAUCACGAUGGGAGGCACCCUCACGGUGGGAUGUGGGCCCCCGACGGUCUCAGCCUGGGGCUUGGUCCAGGUCGGGGACUCUACAACUCCACCGACAGCCUGGACAGCGCUAAAGCCGUGACCAUAGCCAUGGAGGCAGCCGGGGUCAUGGCGGGAAAGAGACACCCGUCCACAGACAGCCACAGCUCGGUGCUCACCUGCGACAAGGCCAUCCUGGUGUCCAAGGCCGAGGAGUACCUGAAGACACCUCGAUCGUCUAUAGGGAUACAGGUGGAAGCAGCCACCGACUCCGAAUCUGAAAGCAAAAGCUCACCGGAGUACCACUCUGUCGGGAUCCAGGUAGAAGAUGAUAAGAAAGGACAGGGCAGGUUCAAGCGCUCCAACAGUGUGACUGCAGCUGUGCAGGCUGACAUGGAGCUGGAGUGUUUCCCCACCAUGGAGGACAAAGGCCUGCAGUUCGGCGGUGGCUUCCAGCGCCACUCGGAGCCCAGCACCCCCACGCAGUACGGGGCGGUGCGAACCGUACGUACCCAGGGACUCUUCAGUUACCGCGAGGACUACCGUACCCCCAGUGAACCCCCCAGCCCCAGGGAGACGACCAGCGAGGCCACAUGGCAGCUGGAGCCCCCCUCCCAGCGGGAGAGCGCAGUCUCGUCAGUGGAGUCGGGCAGGGCGUCCCCGUCCCUGCGGAGGGACGGAAGCUGGUUCAUGCAACUGCUUCACACGGAGACCAAGAGGAUAGAGGGCUGGUGUAAAGAGAUGGAGGCCGAGGCUGAAGAGAACGACCUGUCAGAGGACAUCCUAGGGAAGAUCCGAAGUGCAGUGGGAAGCGCUCAGCUGCUCAUGUCUCAGAAAUUCCAGCAGUUCUAUUGGCUGUGUCAGCAAAACCUGGACCCCAGUGCCAUGCCGCGGCCCACCUCUCAGGACCUGGCCGGCUUCUGGGACCUGCUGCAGCUCUCCGUCGACGACGUCACCAUGAAGUUUGACCAGCUGCAGCACAUCAAGAACAACAACUGGAGGCCCGGCGACAGCCCGGAGAAGAAGCCACCAGCUCCACUACCAAAGAAGACAGUUCGACAGAGGAGUUUGGUGACGAGGGAGAAAUCCUUGGACCUCCCAGACAGGCACCGACAGGAAGCCCGGCGGCGGCUCAUGGCGGCCAAGCGGGCGGCCUCCUUCCGGCAGAACUCGGCCUCGGAGCGAGCGGACAGCAUCGAGAUCUAUAUUCCCGAGGCUCAGACUAGACUUUGAGAAGAUAGGGUCAGGGGCCACCGUGUCUCCCUGCUCCACACGUUUAAACAACUUUAAAACUAGCCUUUUUCUAGACUGCUACUCUCUCUACCCUUCCUUUAUCCAUCUGUAGCCAUCCUUAAUAUCCAUCGCCAUCGGUCUGUAGGACGAGCCGAGCCUUCUCUCCCAUUGCCAGAGUGUAUGUUAGCAGGAGUAAAUGUCUGACACGUGUCGGUUGGGUUUCUCCGUGGUUUGCUGGAGACCGCGAUGCCCAGUCUACAAGCGCUCUCUCUCAUCCAGGAUGGGUACAUCUGUAGUUUUUCAGCAUUUGCAAAGUGCCAUUCAAAAAGUGCAGCUUUGAAAACCUACCAGCAACCAGGCCUUUGAGCUAAAAUGAGUAAAUGAGAGAAAUUCUAUUUAUUUCAAGAUGUUCGAAAACGGUCAAAGUGAGUAAACCUUCAGUAUUUUUAGAUUUAAAGUUAGAUUGUGGCUCUUGUUUCUCUGUACUUUUUUGGAGCAAAUGUUAAUUACAAGGUAAAUAUCACAGAAUUGUUGUAAGUUCUAAACUUUGAAAAGUGCCAAUGCUUGAAAUACCUCAACUAUGUGCAUGUGGCACUGAUCACCCAUCAAGGUUAUUCAGGCAGCCCUUAUAAGCUCUGAACUGGUCAGUGUUGAAAAAUGCAGCUUUCUACCCUAUCUGGUUGUACUCAAACAUUGUUUCAUGGUCUGGAUUGGUGGAAGAACGACAUCCAUCAGCUCAUUAACAUGCACAUUUCAAUCUACUCUCCUAAUAUAUCUCAUGCUCCUGUUGCCAACUUUUAAAUAGGGACAUUUACUUGAAGCAGAACACAUGAAAGUCUCGUGCCAACACCUGCAUCAUGUCAUUGCAGUAGGAAAAUAAACUAUGAAGAUUUGUGUAACUCCUUAGUUAAAAAAUGUGUAGACAAAUGCACUUAUGCACUUAUUACGAUUCUCUCUAUUUCCAAGGGAAAUGUAUAUACCCAAGUUCACAAUAGUACUGUUGUAUUUUUUUAAUUGUGAGCGGGAAGAAUAUUCAUUGUGUUUAUUUUUUCCCCACAAAUCCGCUGCUUCCCUGCCCUCUCUAUUGCUUUGGACAAAUCUGGAUCUGUCGCAGCUUAAUCACACACCCGCAGACACACACACAAAACUGUGUUUUCAUUGAAUACACUUCUCUCAGGCCCUUCCAACUAGUGCCCCCAGACACAGUUCAUGAGGAGUGAUUGAAAAAUAAAACAAAAUAUCUGCAUGUUAGUUUCUUUAAUUAAAGAAUUUUGCGGUGUGUUAAUUUUUUUGAAAAAGUUUUGCGUUGCUGAAAGUCCAAAGAAGGAGAAUUUUAACUGUGCUGACUCAAUCAAGGAAUCACUGAGAAGUAAUGAAAAAGAAAGAAUUGGGGCAAAGGGACUCGAGAGGGAUGGAAGAAGAGAGUCCCCAAUAUCUAAAAAUUGCAUAUCUCCUGUUGAAAGGAAACACAGGAGUCACAGUCUUUAGCUGUGCAGACCCAGGUGUGAUAUUUAAACAUUUAAAUAUCAUAAACUAUGACGAGUUUAUCAAGAAAUUAUUUGCCAUCGAUAACCAUCUUAAUGCUGAGAUUGGCUUUGGUAAAUUUGUAAAUUUAACCUUUCGUUUUCACAAGUGUUAGAUGAAGUGGACAUUUCCACAUAUGCUACAAUUGGAUGCACAAUGUAAACAACUUCAUAUGAAGAAGAAUUUGCCACAAAAUAUUUUAUUACACCUACUACCUGCCUGGUGUAACUGCAAUGUAGCUAAUUGUACCGACUGACAAGCCAAUGCUAGCUUGGUUUACGUGACAAGUUCAGAUUUAAGCGUGAAUAUACCUGAAAUGUGUUCAAUAAUAUGUUUCUGAGUGAUGACAGCUUCAAUGAGAGCGAGUUGACCGGGAAGCGUCAUGAUUUCAUCUAUUCUGUAGUUUUUUGCUGCAAAACUGAACACACGACGUUGGUCCUCGUGUCCUUUACCAGGCUUUUAAAGACUUCUUUUGCGAUAUAUAUUGAAUUUACCAUGCUAGCUACUCUUCCUAGAAUCAUAAAGGCAUGUGGAGACAAGUUUUUGCGCUACAACUCGAUUUAAUAAAUGAAUGAUGAAAUGAAAUCACCCCAUAGAUUCUAAAAACUCAGGAGGGACAUGAGGGACAUGGAGAUAGAUUUACGAAUCCCUGGUGCAACCCGUAUCUUGGCAUGUGACACGGUAGUAAGGAAAACAACACUAAAGUUGCGGGGCUGGGAUAACAAUGUCCCCACUUGUCCCAGAGUUUACUCCCAGGUA